CACUUUUGAAGUGACUCUCAAUAUUCUAUUGCCGAUGGGUCGGAAGUGCCAGCCCGGAAGUCGUUGCAGCUCGAAGAAGGAUCUUCCUUUUGGGUGCCAUGUCGCAGCAGGAUUUUAUGGGCCGCGUGAUCGGCGCCGCGUCUCAGGGCGCGGUGGGGGCAGUGGUGGCGGCUUCGCUGAGUGCGGUGACAGAGCCGUUGGUGAACAACAUGUUGGUGAACCGCGCCACCCUCGGGCAGGCAGUGAAAGAGCUGGACCCCAACAAGAUCAGGAACUACCUGAACACGACCUUGGCCACGAACUUCAUCAAGUUCCCCUUCUUUGAGGCGACCAACAUCAUCAUGCAAGGCAUCGACUUGCCUCCGACUCUCAGAGGGGCUGCCCUUGGAUCCGUCUUCUGCACCAUCACCCUGCCCAUCACGAACUACAGAUUCAGAAAGUCCAUGAACCUGCCGGUGACGCCUGGGAAUCUGUACCAGGCCUACCCGCCCACAGUGCUGCGGGACAUCAUCUAUGGCAUCGCGCGCAACCAGGUGUCUGCCCUGCUUAUUGCCAUCAACCCCACCUUUGCGAACUCCAUGCUUGGCCGAGUGGUGAACAUGUUCACCACAGUGGUAGCGUCUUGCGUCCUGUCCGCGCCCGGCAAUGAGCUGCGGGGCUAUUGCCUGCAACCGGCAGACCGAAGACAGUCCUUUGGGGACUUCUUCCAGCCAGCGAAGUUCAUCCGCAGCACAUCCGUGGGUGCGAUCAUCAUGGGCAUUAGCUUGGCGAUCGGCACGCUUGCGACACCGCAGGUGGAGAAGCUGGUGGGCGUGUUGAAAGAGUACCUGGCGAAGAACCCGGUGAGCUACGUCCUCGUCGUGCUCUUUGUCCUGCAGCAGAUCUUGCAGAUGCGCCGCCAGAGCGAGCUGGUUGCGACCUUGGAGAAUAAGAAGUGAGAGUAAGGGGCUGCAGGCAUGAGGCCUCAGUGCCAGUACAUUCCCUGGACAGCAUGGCAGUGCCGUUUGGCUGUAGCAGUUGAGAGGAACAGAUAGCUUUCACAUGCUUGCAUGAAGCUGUGCACAACCGCUUCACACGCAUCGUGUGGAGGUUGCUGGCUGAUGACCCGUUGUUUCCCGGGGAGACGGACAGCAGGAUUCCAUGCUGCUGACACACUCCUUGAGCAAAAGGGGCCA